GUCAUCGAAAAGUAAGAAAAUGUCAGUUAGUACCACAUUACCACGACGAUGGAUUUAUUUAUUACGAGCUUGGAAAUCACAACUGACCUCAUUGCCCACAGCUGAUAGACUCACAUCAAAGCCAAGUUUUGUGGAACGCCUGAAGACAUCAAUUUUUCGUGUCGACGAUAAAACAAAAUCUCCCGACCAAUCCAGCGAUAAUUCCAACACAUGGAUUCAGGCAAUCGCCGAAGCAGAGAAUCUAGUAAACCACAAGGGGGGAUCACACAUCGAUCCUGUACAAUUAGUAGGAAAAGAUAUGGCAGAUCUAACAAAGAACAUAAAGCAACUACUCGGCAGCAAGCAUCCAAUGUUAAACGCCGUCAAUAAAUACUAUUUCAAUGCACAAGGAAAACACAUCCGCCCUUUGAUCGUGCUAUUAAUGUCGCAAGCGACAAGUAUAGCUCCAAAACGCCAUAAUAAAGCUUUGACGGACACGUACCAAAUUAUAGACAUUUCUCUCACCCCACAGCUCGUAUUGAACGAGGGCAUGACUAGUCUUGACAGGGACACGCCAGCACGUUAUCUCCCAACCUUUUCUGCCAACCAAACCUUCAUCCUCCCCACCCAGCGUCGGCUAGCCGAGAUAGCUGAAAUGAUUCAUACCGCAUCGCUUUUCCAUGACGACGUGAUAGAUAUCUCAAACUCGCGAAGAAAUCAACCAUCAGCUAACUCAUGCUUUGGAAACAAAAUAGCAAUACUGGCGGGUGACUUUCUUCUCGCUCGAGCGUCGGUUGCGUUGGCCAGAUUGCGAAAUCCAGAAGUAAUUGAAUUGCUUGCCACG